CCAGUGAGCCGCUGUCAGUGCGCGGAGUUGGCCGUCACGACGAGCUAAAGCUGGCUUUGUGGAAGGACAUUGGUUUAAAAUGCAACUCCGUGACCAUUUCUCCAGCACGUCGCGUCGUCGGAUUUAUCAUAUAGGUCGGAUUUCAGACGCUAAGCUGUAGUGUGAGACCAGUCAAACCCGCCAGCAGCUGACUUUGUUUCUCCACUGCUUCUUUCUCUUUCUCUCUCUCCUUUUUUUUUUUUUUUUUUAAAUCUAUAUUUAUAUGUAACAGUGGCGGCGGAGAGUCCUGCCUGCACUGUCCAUCCACAAACACCAGUCGAGACAUGAGUAGCGUUAAUCCUAUAUUUUGGGACCAGUUGCAGGCUGGCAGCUCCGAGGUGGACUGGUGUGAAGGAAAUUAUCUUAUUUACCCCAGCAUCGCCGAAUUUUACAACACGAUCAGCAACAUUCUGUUUUUUAUCUUGCCGCCGAUAUUAAUGUGCUUGUUCCGCCAGUAUGCAACACAUUUCAACAGUGGGAUAUAUCUCAUAUGGAUUCUGCUAGUUGUGGUUGGUAUUGGAUCUACAUAUUUCCACGCCACCCUCAGCUUCCUCGGCCAGAUGCUGGAUGAGCUGGCCAUCUUGUGGGUGCUCAUGUGCGCAAUCGGCAUGUGGUUCCCCAAGAGAUACCUGCCCAAGAUGUUCAGAAGGGAUCGGUCAAGGUUCAAAGUGGUCAUUGGCAUCUUGUCAGGGAUUACCACUGGGUUGGCCUUUGUUAAGCCUGUUGUCAACUCAUUGUCUCUAAUGACCCUGGGCAUCCCCUGCACUGCACUGCUCAUUACAGAGCUCAAAAGGUGUGAAAACCCACGUGUCUUCAAGCUGGGCCUGAUCUCAGGGAUCUGGUGGGCGCUGGCUCUCCUUUGCUGGAUCAGUGACAGAAUAUUCUGUGAAAUGUGGUCCUCUGUCAACUUUCCCUACUUACACUGUGCUUGGCACAUCCUCAUUUGUCUGGCUUCCUACUUGGGCUGUGUUUGCUUUGCCUACUUUGAUGUGGCGACCGAGGCCCCAGAGCGAGGUCCCGUCAUCAUGUUCUGGCCUAAUGAGAAAUGGGCCUUCAUCGGGGUGCCCUAUGUCACCUUGCUCUGUGUCCACAAGAAGUCUUCGAUCAAGGUGACUUAAGUCUGCUCUGCCUCUUGUGCUUCACCAUGUCUCAGCAGGAUGUGGUGCAGCAACUUGGGCACAAGAUUUACCGCUUACGUCUGUGAGUUGGUGCUCAUGUGACUCGAUGGUCUAGAUGAUGCACAUUUUAAGCCCGUGAUAGGGAUUUACAUUUUCUCCUUUUCUUGUCUCUGGUCUGUUACACAGCAGUGUUUAUGCAACUCUAUCAAAGCACAAAGUAUCCCAAAGUCAUCUAUCUUGGUGACCGAGAGUGACUUGUAAGUGAUGCAAUAUCAAAGCCAAGAAACUUUUUAUGUUGUGUUUCAUCGGGUGCACCAAAGUUCUCAGGCUUUGCAUAAGAGAUCAUGUAUUCUGUUUUGAGUGAAAUUAUGAGUUUAUAGUCAUUUCAAGGUUCUGCAGAGUACAGUUUUGUCUUUAGAUCUGGUUACUCCAAAAAAUAUCUUGAUACAGUAUUAUAUUGCCUUACAAACAUGGUCUCAGCAUCUUACAGAUGCAGUCUGGUCAUUAUGAAACCAUGUUUAAAAACAGUAAGCACCAGAAACAUUAACUGUGAUCAAUGUCUGAUGCAUUAAAACUCGGAGUUUUAUUGCUUAGCCAUUCUCAAUACGCUCAAUGAAUCAGCAAGCUGCUAUUCAGUCGUUUAUAAAAUAUUAUCGGAGAAUUUGAAGUUAAUUCAUGUUACGCUUUAUCUACUUUGAAUAGAUAAUGGAUUCAGGCCGUUAUACCUUGCCCUCUGUGGAGAUGGGCAUUUCAGUGAUAAUAACAACUUCCAUCUCGCUGUUGUGUUCCACGUUUCAUUACCAGCACACCAGCGUGAUUGUUCAGGAUAGUCUAUUUUAGAAACAUAUUUAAUACAUUUCUGUACAUACUUUGUUAUCUCUUAACAUAUUAUACAAUUAUCUGCAAAGGAAAAGUGUAUCAUACAAACAUAUCAUGACUGAGAUCUGCAUUACAGACUGGAAUGCACAGGUACCUUUUUGAUAUUAGCCAAAAAAAAAAAAAAAAAAAAAAAAGCUUUCUUAAUGAAGUAGAAAAAAGGAUGUGAAAAGUUCUAACAGUAAAUUGCGGUGUAACAAUUCUUUUACAGUUUGUGUGGUGGUGCAAUAUGCAAAGUGAAAUAUAAUUGACUCUUCAAAGAGACAAUUGCAUAAUUUGCACAAAAGGGAAAAAUGUUUCUCAAAGCCUCUGUACCACUAUGCUCCACUUUAUAGCUUAACAUUUCUGCUCAUGCACCUUUCAGAACAGUGAUAAAAGAAUUAACCUACUAAUGUACAGCAUACCUUUUUAAUUCUUGAAAAGUUCUGGGUUCAGUGCAGAUUUUUUUUUCCCCCCCAGAUUUUUGCAAAGUGAAGUACAUCUCAACAAAAUAUCGUGCUCCUCAAAAUGAGUGGUGUGACAACUUUUAGACUCUGUAACUACAUAAAUUGUGCAAAAAGCCUUAAUCCGUCAAGUUUAGUAUUUGAUGCACUCUGCAUUCUCACAAACUGUCGAUUUUGUUCAUAUUUUGCUCCAGUGAAGGAGAUGUAUUGCCUGAAUUGAAUAUCAAAUUGAUGUGUGUAGAAUUUGAAAGGGAAGGAAUUUGGCUGUUUUAAAGCAAAAAAAACAAAAAAAACAAAAAAAAACAAACAAAAAAAAAAUACCAUAACCUAAAAAACAAGGAUCGCCAAAGCUUUUUCAUCUCAACCAUCAUUUAAAGUGUUGUUGAAACUGCUUCAAACUGUUUUCUUAAUAUUAUCGUACUGCCGAGGAUGGAGGAAACUGUCCUCCUCUCAAGGUUUCUGGGAGCUCAAACCUAAUACAACAAGUUAUGCAGAAAUGAAGGGUUGCAAUUUACAACAUAAAGAAGGAAACAAUUUAACUAUUUUACCUGAGACUCUGAAUUAUUUUGAACUACCUGAAAUAUUUUGUUUAGCCAAAUGAAAUCUAUAUAUUUUUGUAAGUAAAGCACAACCAAAAUUGCAGCAGUUGUCUAAAAGGUGCAUGAUUUUAUUGUUGUAUUAUUACUACAUGUGUUUAUCAACCAUUCUGAUAACAGGUUCUCGCAGUUUUUUAUAUGCAAUUUCAGAAGAAACUCUGGGACUUUUUCUGACAAUGACAAGGAAGUACUUUUAAUGUCUGAGAAUACUUAAAAUUGUGCCGCAAAUCCUGUUGAAUUAUAUAUAUAUAUAAGUAUGAUCAAUGUCAGGGUUGUUUUCAUGAUGCAGAACCUAAGAAACUAUGUUAAAUAUCAUAAUUAGAAUCAGAUGAAAGAAUUAGUGUUUGAACACGACACUGUUUAAUGCUACCUUUUGCAUCAUGCUGUUUGUCUUGGCAUGAGGUAUGAUAUUAUUUAGUUAUGUCUAUUUUAUGGACUUAUGACAAUAGUAGUGCAGACAAGCUGCACAGAAAUAUUUAUUUUCAUAAUUUAUCCAGUUUUGUAGUCAAAUAUUUGUAACUUGACAACAUUACUAUUUUAUUUUAUGUUAUGCAAUAAACUGCCAAUACCCAA